AUGGUGGCGGGAGAGAAUGAACACAUGCCGGUGAAUAAUCCUUCCACACAGAUCUACCAGUUGCAGGCCCUGGCCUCGGAACUGAAAACUGGUUUCACAGAAGCAAUGCAGGAACUGACAAGAAUUCAACAUGGAGAAUAUGCUUUGGAAGAAAAGGUUAAGAGCUGCAAGUGCUCCAUGGAAGAAAAAGUUACUGAGAUGAAGAAUUCAUUAAACUAUUUUAAGGAAGAACUGAGUAAUGCCAUGUCAAUGAUCCAGGCCAUCACUUCAAAGCAGGAAGAAAUGCAGCAGAAAAUUGAGCAGCUUCAACAGGAGAAGCGAAGAGAAUCUCGGAAAGUAAAAGCUAAGAAAACUCAAAAAGAAGAACACGGGCCACAGGCGGGGUCAGCACAGACACAAGGCAGUCCUUUCCGAUCCAUCAAUGUCCCGGAGCAGGGUCUUCCAAGCGAAGACUUCACAAACAUUUUGCCUUCUCAGGCCUAUGAAAAAGCUCAAGAGUCCAGAUCCAUUCAUGUGGGAGACAGUAACGUGAAGGGAAUGAUGGGCCCAGGAGUGAAUCCAACAACCCCAGAAACAGAUGAAAAUCUCAAGUCUUGCCUCUCGGCCGAUAUCCCAUCCAAGGGCCAUCUCCCUUCCAGCGUGUGGAGGCAACCAAAGGAUGGUAAAGAAUGGGGCGAGGAGUAUGUCACCAAAGACCACCCAGAUAAGCUCAAGGAUGCUGGCCAGGGCAGACACAGCUCCUUGGAAAAUGUUUUAUGUGAAACUUCUUUAGCUGCUAAAAGGCAGACGGUGGCACUAGAAUUGCUUGAAUCGGAAAGGAAAUACGUGAUUAAUAUUUCUUUGAUCCUGAAGAUAAAGGCAACAUUCCAGGGGUCAGAUGGGAAGAGGAAUUCCAAAGAAAGAAGCCUCUUCCCUGGCUCUUUACGGUAUCUUGUCCAGCAGCACCUGGAUUUGCUUCAUGCUCUGCAGGAAAGGGUCCUCAAGUGGCCACGCCAAGGAGUCCUCGGAGACCUAUUCCUUAAACUGACCAAUGAUGAGAAUAAUUUCUUGGAUUACUACGUUGCCUACUUAAGGGAUUUGCCUGAAUGCAUCUCUUUGGUCCAUGUUGUUGUUUUGAAGGAGGGUGAUGAAGAGAUUAAGUCUGACAUCUACACACUGUUUUUUCACAUCGUCCAACGCAUCCCGGAGUAUCUAAUACAUCUGCAGAAUGUCCUGAAGUUCACGGAGCAGGAACACCCUGACUAUUACCUACUUCUGGUGUGUGUUCAGCGCCUCCGGGUUUUUAUCUCACACUACACCCUGCUGUUCCAGUGCAAUGAGGAUUUGCUUAUUCAGAAAAGGAAAAAGCUAAAGAAGUCAUCCAUGGCAAAGCUGUACAAAGGUCUGGCUUCCCAGUGUGCAAACGCUGGGCAAGAUGCUUCCCCCACUGCUGGCCCUGAGGCUGUCCGGGACGGGGGGAUCCACUCGGAGGAGAUCCUGCAACCCUACCCUUCUGCUCCCAGUUCUGGCCCUGCUGUCACACAUUUGCUGCCUCCUGUGAAGAAAAGCCAACCACAGCCCAGUCUGAUGGAGAGCAUGCAGCCCGGAAAGCCCAGCGAGUGGGAGAUGGAGGGCAGAAAGCACGAGAGGCCAGAGAGCCUCCUGGCGCCUGCGCAGUUCUGCGCCGCCGAGCAGGAUGUGAAGGCGCUCGCCGGGCCCCUGCAGGCCAUCCCGGAGAUGGACUUCGAGCCCGCCCCGGCCGAGCCGCUGGGCAACGUGGAGCGCUCCCUGCGCGCCCCGGCCGAGCUGCUGCCCGACGCCCGCGGCUUCGUGCCCGCAGGUUACGAGGAAUUCGAGUACGGAGGCGAGAUCUUCGCGCUGCCCGCGCCCUACGACGAGGAGCCCUUCCAGGCCCCGGCCCUCUUCGAGAACUGCUCGCCUGCCUCGUCCGAGUCCAGCCUGGACAUCUGCUUCCUGAGGCCCGUCAGUUUCGCUAUGGAGGCCGAGCGGCCCGAGCACCCGCUGCAGCCGCUGCCCAAGAGCGCCACAUCGCCAGCGAGCAGUAGCAGCGCGUACAAGCUGGAGGCGGCAGCGCAGGCGCAGGCGCACGGCAAGGCCAAGCCGCUGAGCCGCUCGCUCAAGGAGUUCCCGCGCGCAACCUUCUUUCCCCAACAGAGGUCCCAAAGUGAAAAGCAGACCUAUUUGGAAGUAAGGAGGGAGAUGCAUUUAGAAGACGCCACCAGAUUCUGUCCAAAGGAAGAGAGAGAAAGUGAACAAACAUCCUUCAGCGAUCAAAACCCCAGGCAAGACCAGAAAGGGGGCUUUCGCAGCUCCUUCCGCAAGCUCUUUAAAAAGAAGUCCAGUGGAUCAGAAUACAGGGAAAAAACUAAUGAGAGUCCCUCAAUGGAUCCUUCACCUACCAAACAAGAAUUCUUCAGAAAUCGACUUGCUCUUGCAAAUGACCUUGACCAAGGAACAGCUGUGUAA